AUGACGUUGGCUCGUGGGAAUCCUGAUGGCAAUAAGGUAGCUCAUUAUAGUGCCAUGAAGGUGAGUUCGAGGCGAGCAGUUGGCCAUGUUGGUGAUGCUAUGGAAAGUCAAGAGCGCUUUAUCCUCAAUUGUGAUGAGGAGAUGACUUUCGUUAAUCAACCGGUGGCUAGUGGGCUGUUAGAGAAGGUUGCUUAUGGUGAUGUCAAACCAGGUUCCGAGAAUGAUGUGGGAUUGAAACUCUCCUCACUCUCCCCUCUUUGCUCUUUCCAAUCACAACCCAAAUGUCCAUUUCCAUGGCCUUGUUUUCUCCUUCAACCCAUCUCCCUACUCCUCUCCCCCCUCCCUCCCUCCUCCUCCUCCUCGUACCCAAAACCCCAUUUCACCCUCAAGCCUUGUCUCUCUCUCAGACCCAACAAGGCCACUCUCCCCUUCACCACCAGAGCCUCAGCUGAAAAUGGUGCUGGAGCUGCUGCUGCCAUAGCUGUGGAGCCAGAGCCCAAGGUGGCUGAGCCGGUUGUGGUGAAGAGUGAGAGCUCUAAUGGGUCAGCUGGAGCAGCUGAGGAGGUGAAGGUGGUCAACUUGUUUGAGGACUCCAGAUGGGUCAAUGGGACUUGGGACUUGAAGCAGUUUGAGAAGAGUGGCAAGACUGACUGGGAUGCUGUUAUUGAUGCUGAGGCUAGGAGAAGAAAAUGGCUCCAGGAUAACCCAGAAUCGUCCAGUAAUGAUAACCCUGUACUUUUCGACACCUCGAUCGUACCUUGGUGGGCAUGGGUAAAGAGAUACCAUUUACCUGAAGCUGAGCUACUCAAUGGUCGAGCUGCUAUGGUAGGUUUCUUCAGUGCUUAUCUGGUUGAUAGCUUGACUGGAGUAGGCCUAGUUGAUCAAAUGGGCAAUUUCAUCUGCAAAACAUUACUGUUUGUAGCUGUGGCGGGAGUGCUUCUGAUCCGCAAGAAUGAGGAUGUUGCAAAACUAAAGAAGCUGCUUGAGGAGACAACGUUUUACGACAAGCAAUGGCAAGCAACCUGGCAGGAUGAGACUCCUGGCACCAAGAAGUAGUAGUCUUGAGUUUGCCUUUCGAACUUGAGCAGCUUUCUUCCGUCUUCCUUUUGUUACUGUAGCUUUUAUGUGCUACUGGCGGAUGAAAAUUGUAUUCUCGACCAUUGUACUCAUAAAUUAUUAGUAAAUGUGUGUUUACAAUGACAGAUUACUCUUGAAAUUUUCUGUGGAUCUUUAUCUCAUGUCUUUUGAUAGGGUUAUCUUAGCUUUCAUCAUCCCUUCUACAUUUAUCGACUAGAAAAAGCACUGAAACUUUACAAGUUCACAAACUAUUCCUUGAUUAUGUGUUUUGUAUGACCGGUUGUGAACCAUAGUGUGAAUUGUUAACAAGAUUUAAACGUGGGA